UAAUUAUUAAUCUUUUUAUUUCAGGAAUCUUAACUCCAACACUCUUUCGUGAUAUGUCAACAAGUUUAGUUGGUGAUGAAUGGCGUCGAUUAGCACGUCGUUUAGGAAUGACACGUAUACGUAUUGAAGCUAUUGAACAUGAUUAUCAUGAAGAUGCACCAUAUUAUAUGUUACUUACAUGGUUUAAACGUGUACCACGUUCAUCAGAUAAAGUUUUAUUAUUAAUUCAUGGUUUAAUCAAUAUAAAUCGAUGGGAUUUAGCUCAAGAUUUACAAUCAAUUAAAGAUGAUAAACGUUUUGAACAAGGAACAUCUUCAAAAGAUGAACAAUUAAAAUUAUUUCGAGCACCAUUUAUGCGUAUUUGUCAACGUGAUGAAUGUAUUCGAAUAUGGAAACAAUUAGCAAGAGAAUUAAUGUUAAGUAAUGAAGUUAUUCAACAUAUUGAACAACAAUAUCCAUCAAAACAUGAAAGAUGUUUAAGAAGUUUAGAACAUUGGGCUUUAAAUCAACCACGAGCUGAUAUUCCAUGUUUAGCUAGAAUAAUUCGAACACUUGGCUUUAAGCCUCUUGCUCGUGAAAUUGAAAAUAUGGCAUAA